AUGAACACGCAGUAUCGUGUUGACCUUGUUCAGUUCAAAGAUCUGAAAGCGCUAGCGUGGAGAGGGCUGAACCGGUAUAGCGAUUUUGAGUCUAUCAAGGACUGUUUCAGUACCCUUGGCCAUCAGCUAUCUUCACUCACGCUUGACCUUGUGAACUGGGACCGUGCGAUGAAGAUCUGGGCUGAUGGGUUCCGCCGACAGAGCACCCAGGACAUACCUGACAAUUUCUUCGCCCAGAAUGUGCUGAACAUCUCACCCAGAGAUAAUGGCGUUCAUUUCCAGUCACUUAAAUACCUUCAUUUGUCGGGCGUCUCACUUUGCCAUGUAGAAGCCCAAAUGCUGCAUUCCUUCAAUAUAGAAAGCAUCAAGUCUUUAGAACUGAGGAACUGUCCGGGGUCGCUUGACUUAUUACAACAGGCACUCACCCCCAGGAAAACAUUGAAGUUAAGGGAGCUUGAACUUUCCCUAGACAUCAACAGUCUCCAAAGGCCUGCACAUGUGCGCUCAACGCAGAUCAUUUGCGAAUUCAUUCAGCAUGUAAACCACUUAGAGGUGCUCCACCUCAUGCUCCCAGAGCCCUUCGACUGGGAUUCUCUUGCAUUCACGAUCUCCACUUGCACUUGCUUGAAGUCAUUGGUCAUGCAUCAUCUCAUCGACAGAGGCGGCCAAAAUCUGAUCGACGGAGGCAUACCUUGGCCUAGCUACUUAGGAGAUGUACUGCAAGCAAAGGAACUGACUUGCUUUGGAUCAUCCACACCACCUGAUGAAUUAGUACGUGCUAGUGCAUCUUGUACUGCAGCAGCUAACCAGAGGGACAAGGCCACCCAGUUGCGCAAAGCGCAGCGCAGACCAUCAUGCAGACUCUUACAUAUCCGGGCGAGCGGGGUGGUUUUGGAAAGACUGGCAAAUCAGUCCAACUGGUCGUCCGCACCCGUUUAUAAUUUUAAAUAUGGUGAUGACCCGCCGUAUGGAUCCGGCGAUAUUCUCAGAUUUGCAGAGUGGGCAUUUAGCGUUGACGGCCUUCCCAACCUUGAGAUUCUUGCUUGGGGAGAUUUUUCAUAUGGUGGCCGCUAUUCAAAAUUCAACGUCAUUCUUGGCAAAGUUGGUGGUGAUGGUGGUUAUCGAGGUUUAGCACUCUCCAAUGUAGCGCAUUUGGAUAUUUUGGAGAAUAAUAUGGGCAUGCUAGCGGCCUGUCCUUUGGACGAUAUCAUAAAAUAA